AUGGCAGCUGCAAUGGCGGCUCAGCAACCAGUCUCUGCUCAAAUUGUUGGAAAUGCGUUUGUAAAACAAUAUUAUUACAUACUCCACCAUUUGCCGGGGAUUGCUUAUCUUUUUUAUCAGGACAUCAGUCAGCUUGGCCGUCCUGAAGAUGAUGGCUUCAUGAGCAUCACAACCACUAUGCAAGGAAUCAAUGAGAAGAUUCUGUCACUGAACUAUGGGGACUUAAGGUCCAAGAUCAAGUCAAUGGAUGCACAGGAGUCCUCUGAUGGGGGAGUUCAUGUCCUGGUGACUGGAUAUCUGUCUGGGAAGGGCAAUACAGUUAGGAAUUUCUCUCAAACUUUCUUUCUUGCACCACAGGAAAACGGAUACUUUGUUCUGAAUGACAUUUUCCGAUAUAUGGAGAAUUUCACUGUGAACCUUGCUGUGGUCAGUGAUGUUUUGAGGCCCAUUACACCGGAGCCAAGUCCAGCUCCGCUUGAGAUUCACGUUUCUCAGCAAAGCAGUUCAUCUACUGAUGAAGCUUAUGGGGGAGAAGUUCAAACCUUGCAUGAGAUUGUAGAUGCGUCAAUCGUUGAAGAGGAAAUUGCAGAAGAAGAAAUUCCAGUAGCUGAGGUUAUCGAUGAAGUGAUGCAUCUCAAGGAAAGCACAGCAAAUUUCUCACAGCCACCACAGGCUCAGAAAGCUUCCCCAAAGAUCACAGAACAAGUGAACCCACCUUUACCACCGCCAACUGAUGCAUCUUUUUCUAGUUCUGAUGCAAUUGAUAUUGGGAAUAAUCAAGAUGCUGAUGGUUACUCGAUAUAUAUAAAGGGCUUACCUAUGACUGCUACCGAGUCCUUACUUGAGGAAGUGUUUAAGAAAUUUGGGGCAACCAAGAAGGAUGGCAUUCAAGUUAGAAGUAACAGACAACAGGCAUUUUGUUUUGGAUUUGUGGAAUUUGAGGGAGUUAAUGCUGCCCAAAAUGCUAUUGAGGCUUCUCCUCUUGCAAUUGGUGGCUGUCGGGCCAUUGUUGAGGAAAACAAGUCUACCAAUUCUCAAGCUGCAGGUAACACAAGGGGGAGGUUCCAAUCUGGAAGAGGUACUGGAUUCAGAAACGAGGGAGGGGCUGACAACAUCAAUGGCAAUGUUAGCUGCAUGAGCCGUGCUGGUGGAAUGGCCAGUGGGCUGCAAAAACAGUGA